AUGAGCUCGGAGCUAGUCGACGACAUUGCGAAGGAUGUAGCCAACCCACCUCACACUCUCGAUCUGAUUACGGUUCUCACCCCGUAUUGCAGUCAGAUGCACCUCUAUUUGAACAGCUUCUGCUCCAACCACCGGCUCCAAGGCGUGCGUAUCCACACUGUUGAUAGCUUCCAAGGAUGUGGAUCGCUAGUGGUAGUUUUUGAUACCACGUCCAUGUCCCGCCUCCAGUUCUUAGCCGAUCCUAAUCGGCUCACUGCGGGCCUCAGCUGUGCGCGGGCAGGGCUGUACAUCAUGGAGGCUGUGCAACUUAAACGACCCGGUACUAAAGAUCCUGGAGAACUGCGCAAGAUCUCUUCGACCGGCCAUGUUCUGCGUCAUCUUUGCAAAGGCAGGGACCGCACUCCGAUACCUGAUUCCUGGCAGCCUGUGAUCCAUGGAGUCCUAGAUGGUCAGCUUAUAACCAAGCAUGUCAAUACUGGUGACCCCAUGACAUCUGCAGAUGUGGGAGACCCUGUGAAUAUGACCACUAAUGUCAUGGAAGACACUGCUGGUGGUUCAGACACAGCAGAUUAUGCUCCGAUCUCGAACCAGUCUCUGAAUGCCCCUUCUGCUGCUGACGAUAGAUAG